GGGGAUCCGCGUGGGCUACACCCCCGAUGUGCUAACUGAUGCCACUGCAGAGCUCUCAGUAGCUUUACUUCUGGCUGCGUGCCGCCGGCUGCCAGAGGCAGUGGAGCAGGUAAAGAAUGGUGGCUGGACAACAUGGAAGCCCCUAUGGAUGUGCGGCUAUGGUCUGUCCGAUAGCACGGUGGGCAUCAUAGGUCUGGGGAGAAUAGGACAGGCAGUUGCCCGCCGCCUGAAGCCAUUUGGGGUCAAGAAGUUUUUGUACACUGGCAGUCGCCCAAGACCAGAAAGUGCUGAAGAGUUUGAAGCCGAGUUUGUUCCACUCACAAAGCUGGCCGAAGAGUCGGACUUCGUUGUGGUGACGUGUGCUUUGACUCCAGCCACCCAGGGAAUGUGCAACAAGGACUUCUUCAGCAGAAUGAGGAAGACCUCUGUGUUCAUCAACACAAGCAGGGGUGCUGUGGUGAACCAGGAGGACCUGUACAAUGCGCUGGCCAACGGCCAGAUUGCAGCAGCAGGCUUGGAUGUCACAACACCGGAGCCACUGCCCACCGACCACCCCCUGCUCUCCCUCAAGAACUGUGUGAUCCUGCCACAUGUUGGGAGUGCCACAUACGCCACGAGGAGCACCAUGGCAGUGCUGGCAGCCAAUAACCUGCUGGCUGGGCUGCGAGGGGAGCCCAUGCCCCAUGAGCUGGUGCUGUGA